GUGUGUGUGUGUGUGGAAAAUUUGCAGCUACUGCUUUACCACAAUUCCACGGUCACAGAACUUGAUGUGUGUAGUCGGUUCUCCAAAAUUAGGUUCAUGUGGACGGCCAGGUGCUUACCUGUGGGAAGAGAUGCACCAUGUAUAAGACUCAAUACACCAAACCAAAACACACUGCCAUGUCAUUAACACCUAGUGCUGAUGCAGUACCAGGAGUAGUCUGCCACCCUUUCAGGUGUCGCGCGGCGACCUGUUACCGACCUAUGUGACGUCACAGGGAAUUUCCAGCUAGGAAGUCACUUUCUACACAAACUUUUUACUUGUGGCUCAAACUGCUGCUGAGAUUAUCAAUGAAACAUUCUCAUCCUCAAACUCACCGAUUCAGUCUCCUCAAUCUGCGGACUGUGUGUUCUUCUAAAGCGCUCGUUUAUCUGCAGUAGCAGUGAGAGAGAGAGAGAGAGAGAGAGAGGAGCUGAUCUGUGGAUGUUAGCUGGAGGUUCAGGCGGAACAUGGCGCAGUAAUGUGAUUGAACUUCUCUCUCUCUGGAGCCUCAUGUUUUCUGGAGCUGGAGGUUCUCACGGAACCAUGACUGAAGAGGAACAGUUUCUUCAUCCUGAUACGUUCGACUAUUCCCAAUGGAUGCCAAUGGAACAGACGUUCACCCCUUUGCAGCCCUCCACCACACUACGGAUAGAAGGACCUUGUCUUAAAAUUACAGAGCAACCCAAACAGAGGGGCUUCAGGUUUCGGUACGGCUGUGAGGGCCCGUCUCACGGUGGUCUCCCGGGAGCCAACAGUGAGAAGAACAGGAAGACGUUUCCUCAGGUUCAGAUCUGUCAUUACCAUGGUCCGGCGAGAGUGGUGGUCCAGCUGGUUACCAACACCAAACUGCCACAUCUCCACGCGCACAGCCUCGUGGGAAAGCAGUGCGACAAGGGCAUCUGCGUUGCCGAAAUCCAGCCCAAAGACUCCGUCAUGAGUUUCCCUAAUCUGGGAAUCCUGCAUGUGACGAAGAAGAACGUCACCAAGACGCUGGAGGAACGAAUGAGUGAAGCCUACAGGCUGGGUUUCAACCACGGAGUAUCCAUCCAUCCUGAGAUAGACUCUUUCCAGGGAGAGACGCGAAUCCCUAGAGAGCUCGCAGAUCACCAGAGGAAUCUGAUGGCUAACGCGGCGUCUCACCAGGCCAAGGACAUGGACCUGAGCGUGGUGAGGCUCAUGUUCACCGCCUUUCUGCCCGACGGGGAGGGCGGCUUCACCCGGAGACUUGAGCCGGUCAUUUCAGACCCCAUCUAUGAUAGCAAGGCUCCCAACGCCUCCAACCUGAAGAUCGUGAGGAUGGAUCGGACGGCAGGAUGUGUGACCGGGGGAGAGGAAGUCUACCUGCUGUGUGAUAAAGUGCAGAAAGAUGACAUCCAGGUUCGCUUCUACGAGGACGACGAGACGGGAAUAGCCUGGGAGGCUUUCGGGGAUUUCUCGCCCACCGACGUGCACAGACAGUUUGCUAUUGUCUUCAAGACGCCCAAAUACCGUGACCAGAACCUGCAGAAGCCCAUCUCGGUGUUCGUGCAGCUCAAGAGGAAGUCAGACAACGAGACGAGCGAACCCAAGCCGUUCACCUACCACCCACAGAUCAUAGAUAAGGAGGAGGUUCAGAGGAAGAGGCAGAAGACGCUUCCCAAUUUUCCAGAUUACGGUGGAGCCGGGGGUGGUGUCGGGGGCAUGUACAGAGGAGGUGGAGCUGCGUCCGGCGGUGGUCACGGAGCAGGUGGAGGUGGCGGAGGUGGAGGUCAUUACUACCAGGGCUUUUAUAACAACUUUAACUCCAACUACGGCUUUCCACCCUCGAUGGGUGGAGCAGGGAACACCGUCAAGCAUGCAGCUUAUCGUGGGCCGGUGGAGGACACGGACGAAGAGAGCGACAGUGACCUGGACGAUGAUCCAGGCCCGACGGGAGCAGGUGGGGUGCACGUCCAGCUGAGACCUCCAUCACCAGAGGACAGGAGCGAUGAGGGCGAGGAUUCAGACGAACUCGGGUCAGAAACUACAGAGAGUCUGUUAAACCCUCGGUUAGCUGGACUGGCACAGAAACACGCUGGUGCUUUGUUUGAAUAUGCUGUUAGUGGGGAUGUUCGCAGGUUGCUGGUGCCACAUCGCCCCCUUAUGGCUGCUCAGGACGAGAACGGAGACACGGGUCUGCACCUGAGCGUUAUCCACAGUCAGACAGACACGGUGCAGAACCUGGCGCAGGUAAUUUCAGCCAUUUCUGGAGAGGACGUGCUGAACAUGAGGAACGACCUGUAUCAGACUCCUUUGCAUUUGGCCGUACUGACCCAUCAGAAGGAAGCAGUCGAGUCGUUACUGGCAGCAGGAAGUGACAUCACUCUGACUGACCGCGACGGCAACACGGCGCUGCACCUGGCCGCCCAGCAGUCGGACGGGGACGUGAUCAGAGUCCUGCUGAAACGCAGGGAGGUGCUGGAGCUAACCAACACGCACAACUCAGCAGGUGUGUGCCCUCUGCACCUCGCCGUGCUGGCCAACAGCCUGAACGGCGUGCGGGCUCUGCUGGAGGCCGGGGCCAGCGUGGAGGUUCAGGAGAGGACGUGCGGUCGCACGCCGCUUCACCUCGCUACCGAACACGAUAACGUCUCGCUCGCCGGCUGCCUGCUGCUGGAGGGUGAUGCUGAAGUGGACAGCCUGACGUAUAACGGCUCCACCGGCCUUCACAUCGCAGCAGGGCGGGGUUCGCUCAAACUGAGCGCGCUCCUCAUCGCUGCAGGUGCCGAUCCUCACAGAGAGAACUUCGAGCCGCUGUUCUUUAACGACGAGGAGUGCUGCAAAGAGGGCGAGGAAGACGAGGAGGACGAAGGCUACGUCCCAGGGACGACCCCGCUCAACAUGGCGGCCUCGGCAGAGGUACGUGAAAUCCUGAAGGGUAAACCAUACCAGCCCAGCACUGUUUUGGUACCACCACAAGGAGACAUGCAGAGUCUGGGCACGGAGACGAAGCAGGCCCUGUGCCAGUGUCUGGAGGAGUCGCCGGGCGGGUGGGAGAGCCUGGCGCACACGCUCAGACUGGGAAUUCUCGCCAACGCCUUCCGUCUGAGCCCACGGCCAGCGUGUACACUGCUGGACAGCUACGAGGUAUCAGGUGGGACGGUGCAGGAGCUGUUAGCGGGGUUGAAGAGCAUCGGUAACAGCGGCGCGGUUAGCAUACUGCAGGAGCACUGUGUGUGCGAGGGGAGCGACGACACACCCGCCGAACAGCUGACCACAGACGGCGGUUUCUCGGCGGGCCUGCGGGACCUGAAGCUAUCCUCGGCGGACGAGAGCGCCGUGUACGACAGCGGAGUGGAGACGUCCUUCCAGAAGCCGUGCCUCAGCGCGCCCGAGCCGUUCCUCCCACACCCGGAACCGCACUUCACCAAAGCCUGACCCCCAUCCCCCGAGCUCUCGCCCCGAACUGCCACCGCAAGUCCUCAAGCUUGAACUCUGUGUUAGCGACACGCCCUCGGAUAAACCGUUUUACACUUGUGUGAGGUUAUUUAAAUGUUGGUUUUGUAUUCUGUGUGUUUGUUCAGUUUGUAUUUUUAAACUUUGAUGAUGAUGAUGAUGAUUUUGAUGAUGAUGAUGAUGAUUUUGAUGAUGAUGAUGAUGCCCCCUGGUUAAUACAGGGUCAACCUCAAAUCUCUGCAGAGCCACAAACACAAUCGAUCGUGUUUGAGGGAGGGAGGGUCAGACGAGGGGCUUCCUACUGCCCAUGCGUUGUGCGAUCUUCAGGAUUGCUCGAGUGGGAAGCGGGAAGGAUGGGGGUGGGGGUGUCACAUGGAGCUUAGCGUGGCUCUCCAUACGCGAUACCGCUCUCAAACUGGCAGGUGAUUAGAAGCGGUCCACAGCUCUCCUUGGAAAUGACUAGAUUGGGAGAACCAUGGGGGGAAAUGCUUAAAUUAAACACCAGGACUUGGUUUAAUUUUUGUGCAUCAUCAAAUCAUCUUAAUAUUCAGGGUUUUAUGUGACGUCCAUAUUGUUAUGAUUUUAAAUCAUUUUAAGUGAAUCCUGUCUCAGGAACUCUGCACUCCAGAAGAGAACGACACGGUGUUCAGUCCCCGUCCCCGUCCCCGUCCCGUCCGAAGCCUCUCUGGACCAACACGUUUUGUUUUGGUGUACUGGAGAACAAAAUUCGGCCCCCCUGACCGGUUCUUGCACUGAUCCCCUGAUCCCAAACUGCUAACCCUAACCCCUAACCCCCCCCCCCCCAGCACCGGUUUAAAUACAGCGCCGUAUAAAGGUUUCAUUUCCUUCCUGAUUUCAUCUUAUUUUGCGUAUCUGUCGCACCACAUGGUUUCAGAUCCUCCGUGUUCUAAGACACACAUUUUUUUUUUUUAUGGUUCUGCAACACCUAUAUCACCCCGCAGUGAUCGUCUCCACCUACACUGCGACCAAGAUGUUUCACAUGGGCGCAGAAGAAUUUUGACCCGCUCCUCCCUGCGAAAUGCUUUCAUUCGGCCGUAUUUAUAGUAUUGAACAGAGUAUUAAAUGCUGUAUUACACAAGCCCACGACUGCUAAGAUCUGGGUUUGAAUCCCAGAAAGGCUACACAGACAUGACUGGCUGUGUGUGAGUGUUAGUAGAACAUCUUUGACUGUGAUGAUUGAAUCCUGACCGUAUCUCAGGUGAAUGAAUGAGGUCAGCGGUUCCAUGGAUGUUCGUCUGGGUUCCUUUGAGAUAAUGGCUCUCGCUGUGAUUCGCUGGAGUCCCAGCGCUUUAGGAUCCCUUUUAUACGGAAGGAAUAAACACUCUUUCUACGGUGGCGUAUGAGGUGUUGAUCUUUCAGGUGUUUGAGGUGCUAACUGUGUGGCACCUGAACUAUUAAGUGCUUUUGUUGAUGCUUGUCCAGGAUCUGCUUCUGUUCUAUAAGCUGUGAAAUUAAAACUAUUUCUUUUUUUUUUCUCUUUUUACAAACUCGAGCUCAAACGGUCAAGGGAACGGUUCAGCCAAAAAAAGUCAAAGGAACGCAGUGCUCGCCCGUCCCUACACCAGCGUUUGGAGCGUUGCUAUUUAAAAUAAUAAUCAUAUAUCAUCAAAUAUAAUCCAUAUCAUAAAAUCAUAGCACUGUCGCCUCACAGCGAGAAGGUCCUGGGUUCGAUCCCUUGGGCCGAGCAGCCAGGCGCCUUUCUGUGUGCAUUUUACAUGUUCUCCCUGAAACAUCCAGUCAGAUCAUUUGGAGCUACCAGAAAUUACUGUGUGUGCGCAGUCGUAGCCUAGUGGUUAAGGAACUGGACUAGUAAUCGAAAGGUCACUGCCAGGUUGCCACUGUUGGGCCCUUGAGCAAGGCCCUUAACCCUUAAUUGCUUAGACAAUAUACUGUCACAGUACUGUAAGUCACUUUGGAUAAAAGCAUCUGCUGAAUGCCGAAAAUGUAAAUGUGCCCUAUUUCACCAUGACCCUGACCAGGAUAAAGUGGUAAAACAGACAGUAAAUAAAUGAUUUUUUUAAACAGUGGCUAAAUUUGCUGUUUAAAUGAAUGAAUAAUAAAUUAAUUGUAAUAAUUUAAUACAUCCAGUGUGAAUUUAGUCCAAAUCUGAAGCAACACUGACCUGUAACCGUGCCUCGGCUGAUUGGUGUAGGAGGAACGUUGUGUUGGUUUUAUUUUUGGCUGAACUGUUUCCGUAAAUGAGAGCUUAUAUGAUUGUAUUUUUUACUUUCCUGUCUGUGUUCAAUCCUGCAAUCAGAGAGAAAAUUCCACUGCAUUAAUGGUUAAGUACAGUGUUUAACAGUUUCUGAUCGGCCAGUUAAUGAGCUCUACACUAAACCAGUGUGAAAAACUGACUUCAGGCCAGAUUAUCCAGAUCAUCAGACUGUCUGAUGUUUAAACAAGGAGAAGUAAUCUGCUCUCGGUUUAAUCCAGACUCUCUGUAUCUUUCUCAAACAAAGGAAACACCAACAUAUCACCAAGUGAAUGUAUGAAGUUUAGGAUCCUCUAACACACCCUUCAGUGUUCUCAUUAUUUCUACGUCUUCAUCUCGUUUUGUUGAAUUUAAGCUGUAAGUCACUCUGUGCUUUCCUCUGUGUUCAUGAACUGACUGGAACAGAAUCCAGGCUCUUUAUUUUAUAGCCUCCUGCAGCAGAACUCGCUAGGAAACCAAAGCUUGUUCUUUCGUUCUGUAUUUAUGUGCGUAAACCAGUGUUUGUUUGAUAAAGAAAAUAAUUAUAGCUUUGAAAUUGGUUUGUAUUGUUAUACUUUUAUAAUAAAAGACUGUAUUGUUG